AGUGGUUGUCAAAAACUGACGUGUUCUCAGCUGUCAGUACUUGUUGUCCAUAUCUCUUCACCGGCCAAGUAGAAUGAUUUUUGUAAAAAUUAAAAACCAUGAUUAAAAUUUCGUCAUAGAAAUUGUCUAAUUAAAUGUAUUAGAGAAUUUCCAUUGAGGUUAACAGACAAACCAAGUUCGAGGGGAAAAGAUAAGCGCCGAGACACGGUCCCAAGAUAAGAAAACCUGCAUGGAACAUGUAAUUUGUUAUUAGAGUCGUCGUCGUCGUCAUUCCCCCCGUUAAACGUGAACGCAUCAAAAAUAUAUUUAUAAUGGAAAUUUUGGUGAAGCGAAUUUGUCGAUGCCUGUGGCAAAUACUGCACUUUCUAUUUUCUCUCUAUGAAGUUUGUUUGUGGGUGCGCUUACGAAUAAUUGCGUUUGCUUUAUGGUCAUAUGAUCUGUGUCAAACGCAAACAAAACGACAACAAAAGGAGCAUGAUUUCUUAAUACACUGUAAACGGCAGCUGAGUAAAAUUCCAAAACAUUUAAAUCUAAUAAUUGGACCUGAAAUCCAUGGCGAGGUAAAUGAGGAGCUGUUGUCGCGUCUGUUUACCUAUGCUCUCUAUAUGAAUAUAGAAUGUGUUAGUUUUUAUGAUACCCGUUUAUUGGGGCAAAAGGCUGAAAGCAAUACGAGAGUCAUAGAUUUGUGUAAGGUGAAGUGUCCAAGUGGCUGGAAAAGUAAAAAUCUGGAUGAUCAUCGAGCUUUGUGGUAUAGUGCUAAAAGUGAAUUAUCAAAUGGUGUUAACCGUUCGAAUGGCUGUGUUCCCACCCCGUUGUCAAAUGGAUGUUCCAAGGCGACUACUACCAAUGGUCAUAUAGCAACAACAAACGGUUCCACAAAUGAAAGUUGUUCAUCAUUAAUGAUCUAUCAAAUCCAACCUAAAGACAACCAUUCCCUGAUAGCAGAUGUAUGCCGUAAUUUAUUCCGUGAAAGACACACCAGCGAAAUUCAACAACUGCUGCAACAAAGACCUCAGCUCACCAAACGCAUAGACACAGACCUUCAACACCAUUUGCAGGCUGUAAGUGAGCCUGAAUUAAGUAUAGUAUUUAGUGAAACGCUAUGUACCUAUGGAACAUUGCCGUGGCACACCAGGUUCACAGAAUUUCAACGUUAUCCUAGGGGAAAAUAUUUUGAUGCUGAAUCCUUUGCCACAAUACUUUAUAAAUAUUCACGUUGCGAACAAAGAUGGGGUAAAUAGUUUCCUAAUGUAGAGACAUUGUUAGAUUUAAGUUGGAGUCUAAUAUUAUUUAUAAAACAAACAAUGUGUUUUAAAGUUUAGUCAUAUUCUGCUUAUUGAGGCAAUGUAUGUUUGUAAUACUAUUGUAAUUUAUACAACACAUUUGAAACACAACACAGUUUAAUUUAUAUAUUUACAGUAAUCAUUUUAUUGUUUUGGUUCUAUUACAUUUUCGUUUAUAUAUUUAUAUUAUAAGUCGGCAUUUGUGAGUUAAUGUUAGUUGAUAACUUUUGUUAAGAUGAAGGUGUUUUUUUUUAAUGAAAUUAAAAACAUUUCUAGCCAAAUGUAAUGUAAUUGAAAAUUAACAAGAAACAAUGAUGUAAGCAAUGUUGUGUUAGAGAAAAAACAUGCGUUAUUACUUAAGUUCAUCCAAACGAAAAGAAAAAGAAAAAAUGGAAUUAUGUGCGAUAUACUCUACCAUUUAAAAACAAACAAGAGUUGAAUUAAGUUAUACUUAUGUACAUAUGUAAUAAUAAUAAAAAAGAAGAAACUGUUUAAUAAGACAAAAUAUAUACACUUGAGUUUGAAAGAAAU